CUUUUUUCUUGACAAAUAUAGUGUCCGCAUCCGAAAAGAAAAUGUGAAAGCGCUAUAUCUGCACAGCGGUUUCUCCUAGGAAUUCAAAAUGGCGUCCUGCACGUGUGUUUUUAUUUAGAUGAUUUUUUUGUCGCAUUUAUAGGGGAUACAAAGACUAUUCGGAUGCCAUGAAGACUGUUUAUGUUUGAGUAUUUGAACUAAAUCAUGGUAAAGCUUAAGAAAUCGAUUUCGGCCGCUAAAAAAGCGGCCAAAAGAAAUGCCCAACAGAAGACUGUGACCAACAACCCCUUCGAGGUUCACGUAAACAAGCAAAAAUAUGAAAUCCUCGGGCGAAAGAUGAAGCACGACCGUGGACUGCCAGGAGUUUCCAGAUCUAAGGCCAUGAAAAAGCGCCAGAAGACAUUGUUAACAGAGUAUAAACAAAAAAACAAGGCAAACAUCUUUGUGGAUAAACGCUUUGGUGAAAAUGACGCAGAGAUGACCUUAGAGGACAAGCUGAUGCAAAGAUUCACCAUCGAGAAACAGCACCAUCAUGCAAAAGCCGGUAUUUAUAACCUUGAAGAGGAAGAGCUCACCCAUCUUGGUCACUCCCUUGGUGAUGUUGGGAAGUUUGAUGAUGUUCGACUCAGUGAUGAGGAAGAUCAAGAAGAUGAGAAAGAUGUACAGGAUGCACAUUUCGGAGGUUUUCUUAUGAAGGCAACCAAGCAGGAAAGUGACAGAGAGAAUGAGGAGGGUAAACACAGGUCCAGGAAAGAGAUCAUGGAGGAGGUGGUGGCGAAGUCAAAGUUGAAAAAGCAUGAGAGACAAAUGGCCAAAGCAGAGUCCUCUAACCUGACAGAAACACUAGACCAGGACUGGAAGGAGAUUAGAUCCAUGCUUUCAUUUAGAGAUCCUCACCACAAAACAGAAGUGAAAGCUGAUGACUAUGACAUUGCAGUGAAAGAACUGGCCUUUGAACUAAAAGGAAAGGCAACCAACAAACUCAAAACAGAUGAGCAGAUUGCAAAAGAAGAGCAAGAGAGACUUAGCAGACUAGAGGCUGAAAGGAUACGAAGGAUGAGGGGUCUACCGCCAGAGGACAGCAAGCCCAAGCACACGUCUGCUGAUGACCUGGGGGACAGUUUUAGCAUCCAGACUGAUGACAGGAUCUCUGUCAGCUACUGGGAUGGAAAAAUCAAUCUUCCUGAAGGUGAAGAAACCUUGGAGUAUGAGUGGCUUGGAAAAAAAGCAGGGAAAUCUGAUGGCAGUGAUGAUGGUGACAAGGAUGGUGAUGGUGAAGAGAUUGCUGACGAGAGUGGUGAAGAUGAAGAUGAUGAUGAUGACAUCAGCGGAGAAGAUGAUGCAGGCAGUGAUCUUGAUUCUGACCCAGAAAGUGCUGAUGAGGAUGAACAAGUAGAGAUCAGUAACGCCAAGAAACACAAGAAAGACUUGAUGUCAUCUGUAAAGAAAUCUUCAUCUGUGGCUGCCAAAAAAGAGCUGCCAUUUACCUUCAAUGCUCCAAAGAACUACAGUGAAUUCACUUCAAUGAUUUCUAAAUGGAAAAGGGAUGACGUCCUCACCAUUAUUGAAAGAAUUAAGGCUUGCAAUCACCCCAAGAUAUUGCCAGAAAACAAAAUUAAAAUGGAAAUAUUUUUCUCAAUUCUUCUUGAAUUCAUGAAAGACUUACUGACAGAAUGCCCUCCUGAUAUAAAGACCGUCAACAAACUUACCCGCCAUCUGUUCGACAUAGCCCAGCAUUCACCCGUUAACACGUCCAGAGUCGUUCAGGGUUUCUUGAGAAAAGCUCAGAGUCAGUUCACCGAGCAGCUAGAUUGCACAGGAGGAAAGGGAAAGUUUCCUGGUCUUGACACACUGAUGAUGCUUCCUCUUAUAACUGUGCUCUUCCCAACAUCAGACUUCAAACACAGUGUCUGCACACCAGCCAUGGUGUAUAUAGCUGAGCUUCUAGCACAGAGCCGAGUACGCUGUAUAACAGAUGUUUUGAAGGGUUUGUUCCUGUGUUCAACUGUAUUAGAGUUUAUUGGAGUUUCCAAACGGCUUGUUCCGGAGGCAAUCAACUUUCUGUGUGGCACGUUUUACCUUGCUUCAGACAAAACCAGUGAAACAUCGCAUCUAUUGAUGCCUUUCAAAGCCAAGUCCAAGUGGAGUGACCUCCUCAAGAUCCAGACUGAUGAAAAUGCAACGGUGAUCAAGGAAGCUAAAGUCUCCAUUAUUGAAGCUUUAUCAGAUGGUGAUCUCAGUAACACACAAACCAGAGUGAGUGUGCUGCAUUUGGCAUUACGUAUAACCUCAGAACUAUGUGAGCUGUACAAAGACCUACCAGCCUUUAAAGAGACUUUUUCACCAGUCCUAUGUCACCUGCACAGAAUCCCCAUCAAGACCUACCCAGCAUUUGUCAAGGAAUUGCAUUCUAGUCUAGUUGCAAGGAUAGAAGCUUUAUCCGGUCAGGUGCGCAGUCACCUCGCCCUGCAAACCAGGAAGCCACAGCCCAUUAAAACGUUUGAGCCAAAGUUUGAUGAACAUUAUGAUAUCAAAUCGAAAAAGAACAAAGGAAGCAAAAAAGCCAACGAAGAUCAAAAGCUCAAGUACAAGUUCAAGAGGGAAUUCAAGGGUGCAAUCAGAGAGGUUCGCAAAGACAGUCAGUUCCUGGCGAGACAGAAACACCAAGAGCAGAUGGACAGGGAUGCUGAGCGCAUGCGCAAAGUGAAGCAGAUAGAGCACAUGCUGUCCAAUCAGCAAGCAGAAACGAACGAAAUGAACCGGAAGAAGCGCAAACACAGGGCCUAACAGGGUAGGCACGUCGUCCAAUCAGCGAACAGAAACUAAUGAAAUGAACCGCAAGAAGUGCAAACGCAGGAAAUAAAGACGUGCAGGUGCCAGACGUUUCAAAAAAGUCGUCCAAUCAGUAAACAGAAACGAACGAAAUGAACAGCAAGAAGCGUAAACGGAGGUCACGUGACUCACGAAGUUUUCACCACGUCCUUCAGAUACUUCAGAACACGUAACGCUGCUAGCGCUGAAUUACAGUGAAAUAUAGUGUGAAACGAAAAAAAAAAAAACCGAACUACGGGAGGGAAUAGGUUUUUAAGAGUAACAUCCUCAUUGUUUAUUUUUUAUCUGUACAAACUAAGGAACGGUUUGUGACAAAAUGAUGUGGCUAUAUUGUAUCGUCGACAAAGCAUUUACAAAGGCUGACCGCGCCUCGCUAAGAUGUCGGCUCUUGAGAGCGACCGAAAACUGACAACUAUAUGUGGCCAGGGGGAGGGGGAGGCAACCAGCAGGACUAACAGGUAGUUUACUGAAUGAAUAGUCAAGUUUCGAAUGCCACUGUGCCCCGCUGGACAUAGGCACAAAGGACUCAUAAAUACAGAUGUUACCCUUAGCAAUAUAUACAUCUCUGGUGGAAAAAAAAACUUUUCCCACUUGACUUCGAUCUCUUUAGCUAAUAAAAUUCUUUGAAACGAAA